AAAACCACAAACAAGAACGCAGAUCCAUGUGUUCUGAAAGGCUGCCUGUGGCCCAAACGUGGACGCUACGUCACUGUGCCGUACUACAUCUCUCCUUUAUACACUCAAGAUGAACACAACGGCAUCCGUAUAGCACUCUUUACCUUAGAGCUGACCACCUGCAUUCGCUUUGUCCUGGGUAGUUACAGAGAUCGGGACUACAUCCACUUCGAACCAAUGGGGGGGUGUUGGUCCUUCAUAGGACGUCAGAGUGGAGGACAGUUCAUCUCCCUGGAGAGACAUGGCUGUUUGGAGCAUGGUACAAUUCAGCAUGAGGUUCUUCACGCUCUGGGUUUCCACCACGAACAGGCCCGCUCUGACAGAGACGAACAUGUUGAGAUUCUCUUUGAAAACAUUGAGGAAGGAGCAGAGAACAAUUUCGAAAAAGAAGAGACCAACAACUUGGGAACUCCCUACGACUUCACCUCCGUCAUGCAUUAUGGAAAGUAUGCAUUCUCCAAAAAUGAGAAUCCUACCAUUGUUGCCAAGUCCGAUCCUAACUAUGACUGGGGGCGAGCCACUAAAAUGAGCGCCAACGACAUAGCCCGCGUCAACAGGCUUUACGGAUGCUAGUAAAAUGACUUGAAGAAAUCAGCUCAACAACAGCCAAGAAUUGAUCUGCUGCGAGAAUAUAAUCAGCUCAUAAAACGUUAAACUGCAAACACCUAAAAAGAUCAUCUGGAGCCACCUGCUGGUCAAAGGUUGCAUUGCAUCUCCUGUUGAUGGGAGGUUCCUCGGUCAACUUCAUGCAACUUUGAUUUGAAUUUGCUUAUUGCUUUUAAUUUUACAUAGAACCUCUAUGUAAAAGAAUAAAAUUAUAAUUUUUGAUUAAAGCUGUAUUCAUUUCAAAAGCGUGAAAAAAAAUUUUUUUUGCUAAUACAUUACUGAAUAAAAGGCUUCAUUGCA